AUGGCUGAUCAAACGUCGAUGUUGGCCAUAGUGAUCUUGGCUGUAGGUAUUUCAGUUCAUUUCUCUUUACAUAAAGUUGAGGAGGGCCAUGUUGGGGUUUAUUAUCGAGGUGGUGCUUUAUUACCAGUCACAAGCCAGCCAGGCUUUCAUAUGAUGAUUCCUCUUUUAACAACAUUUAAACCUAUUCAGACUACUUUGCAAACAGACGAAGUUAAAAACGUUCCAUGUGGUACAAGUGGUGGAGUUAUGAUAUAUUUCGAGAGAAUUGAAGUUGUAAACAAACUGGACUCAAAUAGUGUAUUUGAUGUAGUGAGAAACUUCACAGCUGAUUAUGAUAAAACACUCAUAUUCAACAAAGUGCAUCAUGAAUUGAAUCAGUUUUGUAGUGCGCACACACUGCAUGAAGUGUAUAUAGCUCUCUUUGACCAGAUUGAUGAAAAUCUCAGUACAGCCCUGCAAAAUGAUUUAAAUGAAUUGGCUCCAGGACUUCAUGUCAAAGGUGUAAGGGUUACAAAACCUAAAAUACCAGAAGCUAUAAGAAAAAACUAUGAACUUAUGGAGGCUGAAAAGUCAAAGUAUCUGAUAGCGGAACAGCAUCAAAAGGUUGUAGAAAAGGAAGCAGAGACAGCACGUCGGAAAGCCGUUAUUGAAGCUGAAAAAGAGGCUCAUGUUGCGAAAAUACAGUACGAACAGAAAAUUAUGGAGAAAGAAUCAUUACAGAAGAUUGAGCUUAUCGAAGACAGCAUUCAUAGAGCCAAACAACAAACAAAGGCAGAAGCAGAAUAUUACCAUCUGAAAAAACAGGCAGAAGCCAAUAAACUGUUGUUGACGAAGGAAUACUUAGAACUUAAGAAAUAUGAAGCGCUCGCAUUAAAUAAUAAAAUCUAUUUUGGCAACGACAUCCCCAAUAUGUUCUUGCAAGCCAAUGUAGGAGAGACUGCAUCUACUGCACCUAAAAAUAUUAAAGUUGAAUGA